CGAAAUAUAAGCACUAUUUAGUGCAUUAUUUGCAAAGAUGACCGGUGUAGUAGAAAAAUGUCCCGUUGCAGAGAAUUUACACAAGGACGACGUAGGUAACUUCUUGUUCACAUCAGAAUCCGUCGGACAAGGGCAUCCAGACAAAAUCUGCGACCAAGUAAGUGAUGCCAUAUUGGACGCCCACCUGAAACAAGACCCACACGCUAAAGUGGCAUGUGAGACUGCAACAAAAACUGGAAUGAUACUGGUGUUUGGAGAAAUAACAUCGAAAGCUGUUGUUGACUACCAGGAUGUGAUACGUAGCACCAUAAAGAGAAUUGGAUACGAUGAUUCGAGCAAAGGCUUUGACUACAAAACAUGCAAUGUAUUGGUUGCUCUGGAACAGCAAAGUCCUGACAUUGCACAGGGUGUGCAUAUUGACAGAGAGGAGGACGAUAUUGGAGCCGGUGACCAGGGACUUAUGUUUGGAUAUGCUACAGAUGAGACAGAAGAAUGUAUGCCCUUGACUCUUGUCUUGGCACAUAAACUGAAUGAAAGAAUUGAGCAGCUUAGGAGAUCAGGAGAGUUAAAAUGGGCAAGACCAGAUACAAAGACACAGGUUACAAUAGAGUACAAAUAUGACCAAGGAACUUGUGUUCCUCUACGAGUUCAUUCAGUUGUGAUCUCUGCUCAACAUGAUGAAAAUGUGACUUUGGAUCAACUAAAAAAAGAUUUAAUGGAAAAGGUUGUAAAGUUUGUGAUUCCCCAAAAAUACUUAGACAAUAAGACGAAGUACCAUAUGCAGCCAUCAGGGAAAUUUGUGAUCGGUGGACCACAGGGAGAUGCAGGUGUAACGGGUAGAAAGAUAAUUGUUGACACGUAUGGAGGUUGGGGCGCCCACGGGGGAGGGGCGUUCUCCGGAAAGGACUUCUCCAAAGUGGACCGUUCCGCUGGGUACGCUGCCAGAUGGGUGGCGAAGUCUCUUGUCAAAGCUGGUCUGUGCAAACGUGUGUUGGUUCAGUUAUCCUAUGCCAUUGGGAUUUCUGAGCCGAUUUCCAUCACAGUGUUUAGUUAUAACACAUCAGAAUAUCCAGAGGAAAGACUCCUGGAAAUCAUCAACAACAAUUUUGAUUUGAGGCCAGGAAAAAUUGUCAAGGAAUUGAAUUUGAGGCAUCCGAUCUACGAAAAGACAGCAUGCUACGGACAUUUCGGUCGUCCAGAAUUCUCAUGGGAAGUCCCAAAGAAGCUUAUCAUUUAAGUGCUGAGUAAAAGUAUUGUGUACAAUGUACACGUGUUUAAUGAUUAUUUACAGCUAGUAUUAGCUUCACUAGUAUUUGAUAGAUAAUUGUUUGAUUGAAUAUUUAUUUAUUUGGUUUUGUGUUGCUUGUGCAUGUGCGUUUAUCUGACGGAUUUCACUAGAAACAUUUGAUUGUACGAAUAUUGAAUGACGUUGUAUUGUGACGUUUUGACAUAUGCGAAUACCCGUUGUGCAAUCAGAAGAUUGAAUGGUCGUGAUAUUAAUUGCAAGAUGUGAUAGAACAUUUUAUGUAAUGUCGCCUAAACAUCGCAGAGGCCU